AUGCAUGAAAUGCUGAAUGUUCAAAGUGGGGAAUGGGUGCGGGAUGGUAGCUUGGAGAGAAUGAGAAAUCUUCGACGCUUGUGCUUGUACAAAAUAUCAAGCUCUGAUUCCGAAGGUUUGGACAAUGCUCUCGGGAGAUUAAACCGACUUGUUUGGUUGGAAAUGGAGGGAGAAGCGUUGCCAGCAAAUAUACUGUGUUCAUCUAAUCACCCUCACCUUCGAUACUUAGAUUUGAGGGGACCAUUGGAGAGGCUUCAUUUGGACAAUACCCACCACGACGGUCCAUUUCUUCCCAACUUGGCAAUUCUUAAUCUUGGCGGGACAUGGUUGGAGAGUGAUGAUGUUUCUUCCACACUCGCAACACUGCCUAACCUCGAACGUCUUUAUUUAGUAGAUGAAGCAGUCGUGGGGAGCGUUUUGGUGUUUCCCAAGGGUGGCUUCCCCCGGCUGCAAUAUUUGUCUAUUUGGACAUUACAAGACUUGGAGGAGUGGAGGGUGGAAGAGGGGGCGAUGCCUUGCCUCAGAGAAUUACAUCUUUGGUACUGCUCCAACAUGAGAAUGCUUCCGGAGGGACUGCGAGGACUCACCCAACUGAAGCUAUUUGACCUUAAUGGAAUGCCAGUAAUCGAGAGAAGGAUCGAGAAGGAUACUGGGGAGGAUUAUUACAAGAUCCAGCACGUGCCUUCCAUUAAAAUGCCGGACUAA